AUGGGGCUAUUAAAGUUGAUUUUGUUGAGUUUUUACACUGUUUGUGGUGCUGGUUCGCCUCAAAUUCGUAAUGGACUUGCGAUUCAUUUGUAUUCAUGUAAUGCUCCAAUGAAAGACAAGGCUUUUCAGAAUGCUGAUGGGGAUAUGUUAAUUGUUCCACAACAAGGCACUUUGCUUAUUAUUACAGAAUUUGGAAAAAUGGAGAUUGAACCACAGGAAAUUGCUGUUAUCCCUCAAGGCAUUCGUUUUUCUGUUGAUCCUGUUGAAGGGCCUUCCCGUGGUUAUCUUCUGGAGGUUUUCGGUUCUCAUUUUCAAUUGCCAGAGCUUGGUCCUAUCGGCGCUAAUGGAUUAGCUAAUCCUCAUUGUUUUCAAAUACCCACAGCCUGGUUUGAAGAAAAAGACGUUCCAUUUAAAAUAAUUAACAAAUUUCAAGGAUUGUUGUUUGAAGCAAAACAGGAACAUUCUCCUUUUGAUGUGGUAGCUUGGAGAGGAAAUUAUGUUCCUUUCAAGUAUAAUUUGCGCCAUUUUAUGACGAUAAAUACUGUUAGUUACGACCAUUGUGACCCGAGCAUAUUUACUGUUCUGACCGCUCCAGGCAUCUCUCAAGGUGUUGCUCUUGCCGAUUUUGUUAUUUUCCCGCCACGAUGGGCUGUUGCUGAAGGGACUUUUCGUCCUCCUUAUUUUCAUCGCAAUUGUAUGAGUGAAUUUAUGGGUCUAAUUGUUGGUAAAUAUGAGGCAAAAGAAGGAGGUUUUUGUCCUGGUGGUGCUUCUCUUCAUUCAAUAAUGACUCCACAUGGGCCUGACUCUAAAUGUUUUGAAAAUGCAAGUAAUGAUAAAUUGGGGCCAUUGAAGAUUGCUGAAGGAACUAUGGCGUUCAUGUUUGAGAGUUCUCUAAGUUUGGUAGUUACUGAUUGGGCAAAUAAAGAGAAUGUAGAUGAAGAAUAUUACAAGGAUUGGGAGCCGCUCAAGAAACAUUUUAAUGGGGAAAAAUGA